AUGCAGGCAAGCCGAACUGCACUGCCCGAGGCGCCCGAGGCGCUGAUCGAGUCGUCCUUUCGUCGCUUGCUGGCGGCGUUAGACCAAGAACGGGAGCAGGUUCGGGCAGCAUGGGCGCGCCUCUCCGAGGAGCGUGAUCAGACGACGGAGGAGCUUGAGAAGCUCCGGCAGGACACUGAGGAAUGGUGCUACAGGGAAAAGCUGAAGAUAGAUGCCGAGUGGCAGCGCCUCAACAAGCUCUCCGAGGACAUGUCCAAGAUGUGGACGGAGACAGAGGUGAUUCAGAUCAACUGCUCCGGCCAAGUCUUCACAAUCCCUAAGCAGACCAUGUGCGGCAUUCCUGGCAGCGUUCUCGCUGAGAUGUUCAGUGAGAAGUUUAUCCACGAAAUCCCGCGCGACGAAGAAGGCCGCUUCUUCCUGGAUUUCAACCCGCAGUGUUUCAGCGUGGUGGUGGAGUAUCUUCGGAAUCGGCGCCUGCGUGCUGAUGCGCCUCUGCCGGUAGUGCCGGUGGUCCAGCGGCGGAAUAUGGAGCUCUUGGCCGAGGCAUGGAAACUUUGGCCAUUUCUGAAGCCAAACCGCAUGAACCCGCUGCAUGGCACUUCUCUCCAUGUGGCCACACGGCCUGCGGCAGAUCAGCCAGAUGGACCGGAGCCAGCCACCGUGGAGGUGGUGCGCGCGACCCAUCCUGGCUGGCAGGUCAUCGGCGCGGAACAUCCGCUGCCGGUGUCCAGUGCCUCAUACUUUGAGGUCACUGUGCUUGCAAACCCUGAUGUGCGUGGUGGGUUGGCGGUUGGCCUCUGCAACCAUCUCCCACAGGGUCCAGAGACGCACUCCAUUAGGCUACAGUGCUGUGUUCUUUACAACAGCAACAACGGCCUACUUGGGGAUGCCCUUGGAGACCACGACGUGCAGUCCGGGCUGCAGCUGUCCGAGGGCGAGCGCGUUGGUGUCCGCCACGAUGUGCUCUCCAAGUCGCUGCAGUGGCCACUUGUUUGGAAGACACGAUAG